UUCCUUUCUGUUCUCUCUCUUAACUUGGUUCUUUUUCUUCUUUGCAAUUCUUUUGGUUUCAUAGUGAUGUUCAUAAUUCUAGGGUUCAAAUCGCCUAAGUUGAACACGCUAAAAAAGAACUGAAAAUUUUGUUUGUGGAGUACUGUAGGGGGCAGAAUACCUGCUGGGGCGGUGAAGAUUUGGCAUGGCGGAGAUCUGCUGCGGAGUAGUUAGCGAUGGCGAGGCAUCGGCACCGUGCAAGUCCAGUCCACGAGCAGCGAGGCGUCGGAGAAUGGAGAUCCGGGGGAUCAAGUUCGCCUCCAGUUCUGAAACGGAAACCGAAGAACAGCCAGAGAAGCGCCAGAAGGUGGAGGUCCAUGCUGGGUCGGCGUCGCGGCUGUGCGAUAACGCUGUGCAUAACAGUGCCGAGGAUGAAGGAGAAAAGCUUCGAGAGACACAGAAAGUAGCGUCCGGUACGAAGGAGAUCAAGAAGGCAGUUAAGCCUGCGAUCGUGUUGGCUCCGAUCGUGAAUCCGGAACUGUUGAGCUCCCUGAUUGCUCGCGAGAAGUAUCCGAGGUUCGGUGUGGCCUCAAUUUGUGGGAGGAGGAGAGACAUGGAGGACGCGGUGGCUAUUCACCUGUCCUUUUGCAGGCCGGUACAUGAAAUCGGCAGUAGGUUUCACUACUUCGGCGUCUACGACGGCCACGGUUGCUCUCACGUGGCGACGAAGUGUAGGGAUCGAUUACAUGAGCUGGUAAAGGAAGAGGUGGAGGGCAAGGAAGCGGCGACUAUGGAGUGGAAGGAUGCGAUGGAGCGAAGUUUCUAUCGCAUGGACAAGGAGCUGAUCUCUUGGAACGAAAGCGUCGUAGGCGCUAAUUGCCGGUGUGAGCUCCAGACGCCGGAGUGCGACGCCGUUGGAUCCACGGCGGUGGUGGCCAUUGUUACGCCGGAUAAGAUCAUUGUCGCUAACUGCGGCGAUUCCAGAGCUGUAUUGUGCCGCAAUGGCAAGCCCGUCCCUCUCUCCACCGAUCACAAGCCGGAUCGUCCAGACGAGCUGAACCGGAUCCUAGCCGCCGGAGGGAGAGUCAUAUACUGGGAAGGGCCGCGCGUUUGCGGCGUUCUCGCCAUGUCAAGAGCCAUUGGUGAUAAUUAUCUGAAGCCAUAUGUGAUCUGUGAGCCUGAGGUAACGGUGAUGGAUCGGACUGCCGGGGACGAUUGUCUGAUACUGGCGAGCGACGGGCUCUGGGACGUGGUUUCGAACGAGACGGCCUGCGGCGUGGCCCGCAUGUGCCUUGGAGGAAAGUCUCCGCUAUCCGCGGCGGCUGUUGUCCCACUUCCACCGGAGAGCGAUGGCUGCCGGGAAAACGCCGACAAGGCAUGCUCCGACGCGUCGAUGCUGUUGACGAAGCUGGCUUUGGCCAGGCGUAGCACCGACAACGUGAGCGUCGUGGUGGUCGAUCUGAGGAGCGACACGUAGCGAUGCGUGUCGCUUUUGUUCAAUUUGACCUACCUGCCCUUGUUUUUGUUUAUUUUUCUUCUACUUCUUUAUUGUUUUUGGUUUUUUUUUUUUUUUUUUUCUUUUCUUAUGUAGCUAGGGUUGGGUGGAAUGAAAUGAAUGAAAGGGGGUAGCCAUUUUCGGAAUUAGGAGAGGCGGCCAGCCAGCUGGGGGAAAAAAGUGAAUAUGAACAUACAAAAUGAACCCAGCUUCUCUCUCUCUCUUGCUGGUCUUUCUUAUCUCAUUGUUAAAUAUUUUAUAUGAAGAAAGCUUCUUUUGACAA